AUGCCUGUCCCAAGCUACAACGCCAUGCCUUUGAGCAAGAUGUUCCUUGGUGCCCGCGUCCUCCAGGCUAUCUGCAUGAUCUUGGUCAUCGGCAUUUGUUCCAACUUCAUCCAGAUGAUCGUCACAACCGGUGUUGAACCACCCAAGGAAUUCGUUGGUACGCUGAGCGUGACAUGCAUAGCCGCCCUCUACAUUAUGGUUAGCGUAGGCUACUACUGGUCGCAAGCCAACCUCGGCCUCCUCGUCAUGACAGGCGUCGACUCCCUUCUCCUCAUCGCCUUCAUCGUCUGCGCUGUCACCCUCGGCAAGCCAAUGUCCUUCCUCAACUGCUAUGUCAUUGGCAAAUCAUCUGCGGAAAUCGAUGCUCAGUACGCCAACGCUUUUGUUACUGCGACAGUUGAGAAUCUCAACAAGUCUACCAGCAGCUUGGGCCAUUGGGCGGGUGUUACACGCAGCAACUGCUUCCAGGCCAAGACUGUUUGGGGUAUGGCUAUUGCUCUUUGCGUACUCUUCACCGUUUCUUGCGCUCUUUUGCCCACCCUUUGGUACAAGAACAACAUGAAGAAGCCUGCCAAGACUGUCGAGGAGGCUUAA